AUAUUAUAAAUUGUGUGAUAAAGUAUUUUUUGUUUAACAGCAAAAAUUGAAUGAAAGUGAUCAGAUUCAGGGCUUUUGAACUUGUCUCUCUCUAAGCCAUGUCAACCAGUUCCCGAUCGCCAGAUGAUAUUUCCCGCAAAAUUCCAGAUGUGGUCUCCGGCGAGCCUUGCAAUUCUCCAUAUCCUUCUUCUUCGUCAAUCUCUGACGUCACUCAAACUUUUCAUUUCUCAUCUGGAAACCCUAGGAUCGAAGAGACCAGGGGAGUCAUGCUUCUCUAUCGGAACGAUAUUGGCCUUCCCGUUGAAAGAAAGCCCCUGCUUUGUGUUCUUGGAGUACCGAAUCACAUGACAUAUGCGGAUUUUUGCCAGUUCUGCGGUUCUUUUGUGCAUCAUAUUUUGGAAAUGCGGAUUGUAAGAAAUGAUGGUAUGGAGGAUCGUUAUAGCAUUUUGAUUAGGUUUGAUAGUCAAGAUUCUGCUGAUAAAUUUUACAAGCACUUCAAUGGAAGACGAUUUUCAUCUCUAGAGGAGGAGGCUUGUCGUGUGCUUUUCACGGUGGAUGUGCAUUACACUGGUUCCAUUGAACAUAAGCAAUCGUCUUCGGCAGGCCCGGCUGAUCAGCAGCCCGCUUGUCCAGUUUGUCUUGAGAGACUAGAACAAGACAUGGGUGGAAUUCUGACAACUAUCUGCAAUCAUUCUUUUCAUUGUUCUUGCAUUUCAAACUGGACCGAUUCUUCUUGUCCGGUAUGCAGAUAUUGUCAGCAACAGCCUGAAAAAUCAAUUUGCAACGUUUGCCAAACGUCUGAGAAUCUCUGGAUGUGUGUGAUAUGUGGAUCUGUUGGCUGUGGAAGGUAUAAAGAGGGACAUGCAAUAACACAUUGGAAAGAAACGCAACACUGUUAUUCUAUUGAAUUAGAAUCUAAGCGUGUGUGGGAUUAUGCGGGAGACAAUUAUGUUCACCGUCUUAUCCAAUCUAAAACUGAUGGAAAAUUAGUUGAACUGAAUGCUCAUUGUGUUGAUGCUAAUAAUGGGUGUGGAAGCUGUGAACUGGGCCAACCAGUAGAUUGUGGAUUUAGUGAGGCCCUUUUGAACAGUAGAGUUGAAGCUAUUGUUAAUGAAUACAAUGAUCUGCUUACCAACCAACUUGAGAACCAAAAACUAUAUUAUGAAUCCUUGCUGCGAGAAGUCGAAGAAGAAACUGAAAGGCAAAUUUCUAGCGCUGUGGAGAAGGCUGUUACCUUAAAACUACAGAAGCUGCAGGCUAAACUUGAUCGAUGUCUUAAAGAAAAGAAUAUUCUUAAGGAUCUUAACGAGAAUCUUUUGAAAAAUCAGGAGAUUUGGAAAGAAAAGAUAAAUCAAGCGGAAGAGAGGAGGAAAAAAGCAAUAGAACUAAAGGAUGAUAGAAUCAAGCAAUUGGAGGAACAGCUUCGGGAUCUGAUGUCGGACCUUGAGUCAGUGGCUUAACUUGCAAGGAAGCUAGAAAAAGCUAACUAAAACAGAAACAGAAAAGAAAAAUCAAGUCUGAAGAUACAUACAUGUACAGGAAGGAACAAUUGAUUUAUGUUAACUUCUACUGCUGUAAAUUUUUGUUACAGGAUGAUGAAAUAUUAAAUAUGAUAUAGCUAUUCACCUUGGUGCUGCAGCAUAUUAUAAUAAAUUUUAAUUUAAUUUUCUACUGACGAAA